AUGUGGAUCAACAUCCUUUUGCCGCCCGUGGAGGAUGUUUUGGAUGAAGUGGCUGCAGAUCGAGUGGUGCAUGAGUUUAAGCCAUCAGACCACGUUGCACAACUGGCUGCGCGAAAAUGCACGCCUCACUUUCCGUCAUAUCUCAGAUAUGCCUACGCUGAUGUGCAUGAAGGCUGUGUGUUCAUCAGGGAGGCUGCUUUCGUGAGUGAUGCCAACAGGAGCUAUCCAUUAAAGCCUCGUGAAUCCCACAGAAGGCGUGCCAUUGGGGAAAAUCCCCACCCUGACACGUGCAUUCUUGUGGCGAUUUCGGCUGGUGGCCUUGUUGCUCACAAGAUGAAGAGCAUGGGUUCGGUUACCACGUCGACCGAAUUCGCAGGCUUUGUGCAAAUGGUGCUUAAGAGUAUCCGUUCUGAAGCAACCAUGUUCUAUGGCUUCGACAGUGCACCUGCCGAGAUAGCCAAUGCUAUCGAAGUCAGGUUGCAAGUCGUGGCCAUGAACCGCAAAGCUUUCUUCCUUCGUCGUAGUUAA